UCGUGUCAUUGGCCGAUGAAUGUUCCUUGAAUACCUACUCGACUCACUCCGCGUCGGUAUCUCGGGCGGGUCGGUUGCUACCGCCGUCUUUUCGCGAGUGUUGUGAUUUUAAGUGUUGUGUGCGCUCCGGUGAUACAUCACUCCUACCACACAGAUUCGGGCAGCGCCCGGCCGCAGCGCGGCUACUCAAUUUCCUUUUUUAUUCGUUACCGGCAUUUUCCUUUGAGUUGAAGUGAAGUGUUGUGAAGUGUCGAAAGUGACGGUGCUAUGGCGUUGCCGAUGGCUCAUGUGGCCCUCACGGCGCUGAUACUUAUGGGAUCAGUGCUAGCCGAGGAUGAAACGAUAGGUCCGAUCUUCAUGAAAGAACCCCCGAACCGAGUGGACUUUAGCAACACGACCGGCGCCGUAGUGGAGUGUGCAGCUCGCGGAUCCCCUACUCCUGACGUCAUCUGGGUUCGAUCUGAUGGAACUGCUGUGGGCGACGUGCCUGGCUUGCGACAGGUCCUGCCGAACGGCAACCUGGUGUUCCCGCCUUUCCGCGCCGAGGACUACCGCCAGGAAGUGCACGCGCAGGUCUACGCGUGCCUCGCGCGCAACCCCGUCGGCUCUAUCCACUCCCGCGACGUCAACGUGCGAGCUGUGGUGGGCCAAGCUUACACGGUCAAUCUGAUGGAAGAGAGCGUGUUGCGCGGAAACGCAGUUAUCCUAAAAUGCCACAUUUCCACCUUCGUCACGGAAUACGUAAGCGUUUCUUCUUGGAUUAUAUCCGAAGGCGAAACUGACAAAUUGGAAAUUAACGCCGACGCUAAAGAAACUAACUUGGAGGGAAAAUACUUAGUACUGCCGUCUGGAGAAUUACAUAUUAGAGAUGUCGGACCCGAGGAUGGAUAUAAAUCUUAUCAAUGCCGCACGAAGCACAGGCUUACGGGAGAAACUCGACUUUCCGCUACUAAGGGACGUCUCGUCAUCACUGAACCAACUAAUAAGAUACCACCUAGAAAAGAUUCAGCCAAACACUUCGAAGGUUGGGAAGUUUUCGUCGUUUCCCAAGGGACCAAUGCAUACUUAUCGUGUCAAGUCGCUGCAUACCCGGCACCCUUAUUUAGAUGGUACAAGUUUAUUGAUGGCACAACGAGGAAGCAGCCAGUUACGCUGAACGACCGAGUGAAGCAAGUAUCAGGAACACUUAUUAUCAAGGAAGCUAAGGUCGAGGAUUCUGGAAAGUACCUGUGCGUGGUCAACAACUCCGUUGGUGGCGAAUCAGUGGAAACAGUCCUAACAGUAACAGCCCCUCUCAAGACGACCGUGGAACCAGCUACCCAAACUGUCGAUUUUGGCAGACCCGCGGUAUUUACCUGCAAAUAUGAAGGCAACCCUGUCAAGACGAUCACCUGGCUUAAGGAUGGCAAGGACAUGAAGCACCACGACCCUCAGCUCAGGAUCGAAUCAGUGAAGAAGGAAGACAAGGGAAUGUACCAGUGUUUCAUCAGGAACGACCAGGAAAGUGCAGGAGCUAGCGCCGAACUUAAACUUGGAGGACGAUUCGAACCACCCCAAAUCCGCAAGAACUUCCAAGAGCAGACUCUUCGCUCCGGCCCGUCUCUACGUCUCCAAUGUGUUGCUUCCGGUAACCCCACUCCUGACAUCGCCUGGCUUUUGGACGGAGAGAAAUUAUCCAGUGGAGAACGCCUGCAGAUCGGACAGUUCGUUACUGCUGACGGCAACGUUGAGUCGCAUCUGAACAUCUCUUCUGUACACACAAACGACGGAGGAUUGUAUUCCUGCAUCGCUUCGAGCAAGGUUGGCAGCGCAUCGCACUCUGCCCGCGUGAACGUGUACGGUCUGCCGUACGUGCGGCCCAUGAAGAAACGCCCCGUCGUGGCCAGCGACACCCUUAUCGCUCACUGCCCCGUCGCCGGAUACCCCAUUGACUCUAUUGUUUGGGAGCGAGAUGGACGCGUCCUGCCAAUCAACCGCAAACAGAAAGUAUUCCCCAACGGCACCCUGGUGAUCGAGAACGUGGAGCGCAACAGCGACCAGGCCACCUACACCUGCGUCGCCAAGAACAGCCAGGGCUACAGCGCCAGGGGAACGCUCGAGCUGCAAGUUAUGGUGCCCCCGCAAAUAUCGCCUUUCGAGUUCGGCGAGGAGCCCGCCAACGCCGGAGACAUGGCGUCCAUAUCCUGCGCCGUCAGCAAGGGCGACCAACCGCUAAACAUUUCCUGGUACUUCAACGGACAACGAGUUCAAAGGGGCAAUGAUCUCGGAAUAGUGGUCGUGAAUAUAAACAAGAAAACAUCGAUUCUAAACAUAGACUCGGUUAGCGGGGUAAACAGGGGCUCCUACGACUGUGUGGCGGCGAACUGGGCCGGCUCCACUAACCACAGCGCAGUUCUUAACGUCAAUGUACCCCCGCGCUGGAUCCUCGAGCCCACCGACAAGGCUUUUGCCCAGGGCUCGGACGCUAAGGUUGAAUGCAAAGCUGAUGGCUUCCCCAAGCCCCAGGUCACAUGGAAGAGGGCUGAAGGGGAUACGCCUGGCGAUUAUAAAGACCUUAAGCCAAACAACCCUAAUGUGAAAGUAGAGGACGGAGCUCUGUCGAUUGCCAAUAUUCAGAAGACGAAUGAGGGUUACUAUUUGUGUGAGGCUGUGAAUGGAAUCGGCUCAGGAUUGUCAGCUGUUAUUCUGAUCAGUGUACAGGCUCCUCCUCAAUUCGAAAUCAAAAUGAGGAACCAAACUGCCCGCAGAAGCGAACCCGCCGUACUGCAGUGCCAAGCCAAGGGAGAAAAACCCAUUGGAAUUAUCUGGAACAUGAAUAACAAACGCCUGGAACCCAAAUCGGACCCCCGCUACACCAUCCGCGAAGAGAUCCUACCCGGAGGAGUGGUUUCUGACCUGAGCAUCAGGAGGACCGAGCGAUCUGAUAGCGCGCUCUUCACUUGCGUGGCCACUAAUGCCUUUGGCUCUGACGAUACGAGCAUCAACAUGAUUAUCCAAGAGGUACCCGAAGCACCGUACGGCCUGAAAGUUCUGGACAAGUCCGGUCGCACCGUGCAGCUUUCCUGGGCGGCCCCAUACGAUGGCAACUCGCCUAUCAAGAAGUUCCUCAUUGAAUACAAGCGCGCCAAGGGAAGCUGGGAUAAGGAUAUUGAUAGGGUACUGGUCCCGGGUGACUCAACUGAAGCCGGCGUGUUCAGCCUCCGUCCCGCCACCGCCUACCACAUCCGCAUCGUCGCUGAGAACGAACUCGGCACCUCUGAACCCUCGGAAACCGUAACCAUCAUCACCGCUGAAGAGGCACCGACUGGCCCGCCGCAAGACGUGAAGGUUGAUGCUCAUGACAAGCACACCCUGCGAGUCACCUGGAAGCCUCCCCCAUCACAGGACUGGAACGGUGAACUACAGGGGUACUACGUUGGCUACAAACUGGCAUCAAGCAACAAGUCAUUCGUGUUCGAAACCGUCGACAUUUCCAAAGAAUCUGGCAAGGAGCACCACCUCGAUAUCAUGAAUCUGAAAACAUUCCACCAAUACGCCGUAGUAGUUCAGGCGUUCAACAAGAUGGGUUCCGGUCCCGUGUCACAGGAAGUCCGCGCGUACACCGCUGAAGGCGCACCCUCAGCCCCACCACAAGACGUUCUCUGCACCACUCUGACUGCGCAAACCAUCCGGGUAUCCUGGGUCUCUCCACCUCUUGCGGCUGCCAACGGACUGAUUAAGGCUUACAAGGUCGUGUAUGGCCCUAGCGACACGUGGUACGAUGAGAAGACAAAGGACACCAAGAUCACGGCGAGCAGCGAGACUAUCCUCCACGGACUGAAGAAGUUCACGAACUACUCGAUGGAAGUGCUCGCGACGACCAACGGAGGCGAUGGCGUCCGAUCUGCACCCAUUCACUGCCAGACUGAGCAAGACGUGCCUGAGGCCCCUCGUGCGGUGAAAGCGCUAGUGAUGGGCCCGGACUCGAUCCUGGUGUCAUGGCGGGCGCCCGCGCAACCUAACGGAGUCGUCACGCACUACAACGUUUACACGCAAGCGCAGAACGCUGAGCCGCAUCCUAACAAGGUACCUGCAUCACAGACCAGCUACUCGGCGACUGACUUAAAGGCCGGCCGCUACGACUUUUGGGUGACCGCUUCCACCAUCAUUGGCGAGGGGCAGCCUUCAGGAACCGCCUCCUGCAGCCCUAGCGACAAAGUGCCCGCCAAGAUCGCCUCGUUCGACGAAUCGUUCACCGCCACGUACAAGGAAGAUGUGAAGCUGCCGUGCCUCGCUGUUGGAGUACCGCCUCCCAAUAUUAUCUGGAAGAUCAAGAGUAAGCCGCUAGAAGCGUCCGAACGCGUCCGUCAACUGCCCGAAGGAUCCCUACAAAUUGCCGGAGUAGCCCGCGAAGAUGCCGGAGAGUACUCGUGUCAUGUCGACAACCAGUUCGGAACUGACACCGUCACACACACACUCUCUGUUCUCGCACCACCGUUCCCCCCGCAACUGAGCAUCGCCUCCUCCUCCGUGUCGUCGCUCACCCUUCGACUAAAGCCCUCCGACAACGCUGACCAAUCCCCUGCAGCAGGCUACACCAUCCACUACAAACAAGAGUUCGGAGAUUGGGAAACUGUACAGAUUCCAAGCAACACCGACACCUAUACCUUGGAAAACCUGUUCUGCGGCUCUAGAUAUCAACUCUACGUUACGGCUUACAAUGGCAUCGGCACGGGCGAGGCGUCCGACGUAGUGAUCGCGCGCACCCGCGGCUCCAAGCCCCCCGUCCCCCGCGCUGCCGACUUCAUCGAAGUGGGAUCUUCGAGCGUCACCCUGCAUUUGAAACAGUGGUUAGACGGAGGCUGCCCGAUGAGCCACUUCGUCGUUGAAAACAAAAAGAAGGGAGCUGCUGAAUGGAAUCAGAUCUCCAACGCUGUGAAACCAGGCGGAAACUUUGUCGUUCUUGAUCUGGAGCCCGCGACCUGGUACGUCCUCCGCAUCACGGCGCACAACAACGCCGGCUUUAACGUCGCCGAGUACGAGUUCGCCACGCUCACCAUGACUGGCGGUACCGUCGCGCCUCUACCAGGCAAUGCUGGUAAUGGAAAGCAGCUGCCGCCUUGGAUCAAAGCGUGGCUGGAGCCUGAGGUUUUGGUGCCGAUUCUGGCGACUAUAGUGGUGUUCAUAGUGGGUGUGGUGGUCAUUUGCCUGACGCUCGCUAGGAGGAACACGCCGCACCGCCUGCGAGGUCAGAAGGACGUGUACGACUACGACGCCGUAUACAACGCGUCCCAAGCGGCCAUGGGCGGCGGCGGCGGCACGCUGGACAAGCGCGGCGGGCUGCGCGACGAGCUCGGCUACAUCGCGCCGCCCAACCGCAAGCUGCCGCCCGUCCCCGGCUCCAACUACAACACCUGCGACCGCGUCAAGCGACAGGCCGUCAUCAUGAACGCGCACUCGACGUGGGAUCCUCGCCGGCACCACUACGAGCGCGUGCGCCGCGCGCACCAGCGCCGCGGCUCCGGCGACACCAUCUCCACAGGCAUGGAGGAUGAGAUCUGCCCGUACGCCACAUUCCACCUGCUGGGCUUCCGCGAGGAGAUGGACCCGAGCAAGGCGCUGGCGUUCCCUCACGCGCACGCGCACGCGCACGCCGGCACGCUCGCGCACCCGCACCCGCACCACCCCGCGCACUCCCGCGCCGGCAGCCAGAGCAUGCCUCGCGCCAACAGCCGCUACGCCCGCAAGAACUCCCAGGGAGGACAGAGCGCCAUCUACUCCACUGCCCCCGAGUACGACGACCCGGCCACCUGCGCUGAAGAGGACCAAUACCGCGCCCGCUACUCCCGACCGAUGUACGCCUGCGGCCCCGAGUACGACGAGCCCGCGUGCUGCCAGCCCGAGGACGAGCAGUACACCGGCGCCUACGGCACGCCCUACUCCGACCACUACGGCUCCCGGCCCAGCAUCGGAACCCGCAAGUGCGGCGGGUCGCCCGAGCCGCCGCCGCCGCCGCCGCGCAACGCCGCCGCAGACAACAACUGCUCCUCCUCCUUCAACGAGAGCAAGGACUCCAACGAGAUCUCCGAGGCCGAGUGCGACCAGCCCCGCAACUAUCCCGUGAGGGCCCACACUGCCAAGGACGGCAUGCACACCGAGGAAAUGAGGAAACUCAUUGACAGACCAGAAGCAACCACCCCAGUCCCCCAGCAAGCAGUCCACGGGCGGGGACUCACAGCCUACGAUACUGUGGCAGUGUAACCUGUAGACCCGCACCGACCCGGCGACCGAGGCACGCUCCACCGCCACCACCCAAGCUCCACCCUCCGCCCCGCCGUCUCGCUGAACUAAAACUUUACGUUCUACUUUCAAUUGCUCAUUAUUUUGGAGUUGUACGCACUCGAACUGCAGGUCAGCGAUACGGCUGUGCCAAAUUCUUAACGAGCGUGUCGCGUUUUAUUUGCAGUGUUUAUCCCAACUUAGUUGGCCGGAUUUUGUAUAUAUUUCUCCUUAGUUAAGCGCACGUCGGUGCCAUAGUGACGGUGUCGGUGCGGUGCCGCCGGGCCCCCUAGGACCCGCGCCGCCUCUAGUUACCAUAUGAAGCAGAAAAUCAUGGUUGUGCUAGUUAUUUCAAAUUGAUAUAUUCGCUUGAUAGUACGGCGGCGCGUUUGUAUUGAAAUUGAACCUGUAACCUGUCCAAUAGCGACGUAAAUGUUAGCGACCUCCCUCCCGGCGCACCGACCGUGCCGCUCGCGGCUGAGACCCUGUUCCCAGAUCUCACACUCGACCGAGCGAGUGGCGCCUAGUACGAGUACUCCCGAGUACGUGUACUAAGAGUUAGUCAACCUUAUUUUAGUCUUAUUUGUUUAGCUUAAUUUAAAGAAAGCUUCGUCGUUGGCCGGUCCGGGGUGUUUACUCGAAAGUUUGGAUUUAAAUUAAGCUCAACACGUAAUAAUGUGAUAUUUUGUAUUUUUAUCCCAUUUUUAUGUUUAGCGCGAGG